AUGGUAGAUCCGACAAAGAUUGCGGCUAUUCGUGGUUGGGUUAGGUCCACUUCGGUGACUGAGGUUCGGAGCUUCGUCGGUUUGGCAAGCUACUACAGACGGUUUGUGGAGGGUUUUUCAACUAUUGCAACACCUUUGACCCGGUUGACCCUCCUUGAUGUUCUGUUUGAGUGGUCUGAGGAGUGUGAGUUGAGCUUUCGGAAGCUCAAGGAGUUGCUGACUACUGGUCAUUCUUCAUUCAGUGCUGAGAGGUUAGCCCGUAUCUACAUUCGUGAGUUGGUUCGUCUUCAUGGUGUGACUGUCUCCAUUAUAUCAAAUUGGGGUGCUCAGUUUACUUCUAGAUUUUGGAGAACUUUUCAAGAUGAGUUGGGUACCCACGUUAACCUAAUCAUAGCUUUGAAACCCACAGACAGAUGCUACCAUUCUAGCAUCCAGAUGGCCCUAUUCGAGGCCUUUUAUAGUAGGCGUAAUCGCUCUCUGAUUGGUUGGUUUGAAUCUACAAAGCCCAGACCGCGUGGUACAGACUUGAUUCAGGAGGCUUUGGAGUAG